UGAACAUUGUGAAUGAAUCUGACUCAAUUGUCAAAAUAACAUUUUAAUCAGACUCGAUUGAUUUCGUUAAUGUUUUCGAUUAAAUUAUAUAAAUACGCAAAGAAUACGUUCUAAAUCCGUACGAUUGAAUCGGAUAGUAUCUCGAGAUUUUUAAAAGAAAAUUGUUAUUUAGUUGACCAAAACUAAAAAAGUCUUGCCAAUACAUACAUCUGUGAAAGUGAAACCGGAUUACUUAACCCUACAAAGUAGAAAGUUUUUUUUUCUUCGCAGCAAUACACUUUGUCAAAUGUUUGCAUUUCAUUAAAAUUUUACGAUGAAUUUUGAGUGAUGUUAAAAAUUGUUGAAUUUUGAGCGUGAGAGUUGUGCGUGCAGUAUUGGUGAUACCGAUGUCGUUCCUAAGUAAAAUGUUCAACUGGCGAAUACCGUCACUUUUGCCACAAAGCAUAACAUUUAAUACUACACAAAAGGUUGUUAUUGUGUCGAUACUGGCAAGCACUCUGUUGGGAGUGCUGGCAAGGCAUCUGAGACGAAGAAAGACACCUCGACCUAUACGGCGAAAUCGUAAAAUUGGUGGCAGACGUAGUAGAAAUAGCAUACGAAGUCCAAAUGACUUGGUGUCGUUGAGUGGAUCAAAAGUAUCAGCCCGUUCGCAAAGUCCUGGCGGUUCAAUUGUAGCGCUCUCCGAUCGCCUGUCAUUAGCAUCCGGAUCUUUAGGUGCGGGAAUCGUUCAAGGUACUCCGUUAUCACCACAGCAGCUUGGUGUAAUGGGAAUGGAAGCUUUAGAAACCGUUCUAAACUAUUGGGAAGAAGCGUUGACCUGUUACCAGACGCCCACAUCUCACGAAGAUUCGGAAUUUUGCCGCGAAAUUCAAAAUUUACUUGACAUGGCCUAUUCACUGCAAGACCAAAGUGAAUUGCUAUUUCUCGAUCAGCGGUCGGUACUGUUUCGAAACGAGAGUCAAGCAUCCAAAAAAUUAUCGAAAGGUGAUCGAUCUGGAUCCGAUCCGAAUUUCGAUUCUGCGGAAAGUUUUGCCUCGGCUCUUGACCAGGUGGCAGAUCUUCGCGAAUUUGAAGAAUUUUUCGAAUCCAUGUCCGAUCUACAUCGGUAUCCAUUAUACCAAAGUGCAAUUAGACAUUUAGAAGAAAAUCCCAUUCCAUACAGAACGAUGCGAACGGAACUCGUUAAUUGUUCGUCAGACGUUGAAUAUUUGGCUAAAUUACAUUGCAUUCGAUUGGCAUUUCAAUAUUUGUUUAAGGAUUCCAGUAACGGACAGUGGGUCGCUGACACUGGUCGUCAAGUUCUCACUGACUUACUGUUACUCAGCGACAAAGAUCCAAAAGAUUUCUUAGUCGGCUACGAGGACAUGCUAAGAUUUUUACAAGAACCAAGCAAUUGGGUGGCAAUCGAAAAAGAAUUGGAACAACGGAAUGUUAAGGCGAUGACAUUCUAUGACGUGGUACUGGAUUUCAUAAUCUUAGAUGCAUUUAAGGACUUAGACUCACCGCCAACCAGUGUAACGGCCGUAGUACAAAAUCGAUUUUUGUCGAAUGGCUUUAAAGAAACGGCGCUAACCACUGCAGUCUGGUCGGUGUUAAAGGCGAAACGACGUCUACUCAAAUAUUCGAAUGGAUUCAUGGCCCACUUCUACAUAAUAUCAGAACAAAUUUCACCGUUAAUGGCAUGGGGUUUCUUCGGGCCCGAUGAAAAUCUACGCGACGUUUGCAAUUACUUUCGGGAACAAACGCUUGGUUUCCUUGCGGACAUUUUCAAUUUCCAAAAAUGUCGCUACGAAACGGUUGAAGAUUUGUCGGCGGACAUAUUCCAGCAAAUGAAAGAGCGCGUGAACAAUAUUACGAUUAAGUUUAGUCAGUAGGCGUGAUGGACAAUUUAUGCAGGCAAGACGAGUGAUUCGAAGCAAUCGAUAAUUGAUGCGGCCAAAUAAA